AUGUCCACCGAGGCGUCCCCCAGCCGCCGCCGCGGCUCGAUCGAGGACGGCGACAGCCUCCUCCCGCCCACCUCGGCCGCCCCCUCUUCGUCGAGCAACCCUCCUCCUCCUCCUCCCACCGCCGCCCCCGCAACCGCACCCGCCCCCUCGUCCGACGCCCCCGACGCCGACGACGACGCCGAGGCAGCCGAGCUCGCCGCCAUGCGCGCGCGCGUCGCCGAGAUGGAGGCCGAGGCGGCCAAACUGCGCGAGCUCACGGCCGCGAGCGAGGCGUCCGGGAGCGGCGGCGGCGGCGGCGGCGGCGGUGGGGCGGGCGCGGGUGGUCAGGGAGCCGACGGGAUGGACGUCAACAUGAGCGACGAGGACCGCGAGGCGGUCGACUCGCGCAGCAUCUAUGUCGGCAAUGUCGACUACAACUCGACGCCCGAGGAGAUCCAGCAGCACUUUGCGUCGUGCGGCACGAUCAACCGCGUCACGAUCCUCUUUGACAAGUUCACCGGGCCCAAAGGCUACGCCUACGUCGAGUUUGCCGACCCGUCCCUCGUCGCCAACGCCGUCCUCCUCAACGAGUCCAUGUUCCGCGGCCGCCAGCUCAAGGUCUCGCCCAAGCGGACCAACCUGCCCGGCAUGGGCGCGCGCGGCCGGGGUCGUGGGCGCGGGCGUGGACGUGGAGGAUACCGCGGCGGGUACGAGGGCCACGGCGGCUACUCGCCGUACCCUCGGGGCCGUGGGCGUGGGGGCCGCGGCAGGGGCGGGUUCUGAGCUGGCGCGGGUUUUUUUUGUCGACGACGACGAGGAGCAGGAGGGGGAGGAGCAGAGCGAGGGAGCGACGAGCAGCUGUACGAUCCGUGGUCCUGUGCCCUGCCCUGCCCUGCCCUGCGAGGCGGCGGCAGCGUGGUCGAAAACCGAGCGAGCCGGCUCGUGUGCCGAGUCGGCGCACUUUGUGUACUGUUC